AGCCAAUCGGAGGCGAGCGUCCGUGGCGUCAGCGCCAGGGCCGGCUCGGAUUGGCUAAGCCGAGUCUCUCACUUCCCCUUGGAGGAAAGGCACGGCUGCCGGCUCGCCCCUCCCGUCUCCCCCCAAAAAAGUUUGAGUCGCAGCUGCCUGGUUGCCAGCGGAGUCGCGCGCCGGGAGCUACGUAGGGCAGAGAAGUCAUGGCUUCUCCGUCCAAAGGCAAUGACCUGUUUUCGUCUGAUGAGGAGGGCCCGGCGAUGGUGGCCGAGCCGGGCCCGGGGCCUGGGGGUGCCGACGGGGCCGCGGAGGAGCGCCGCGUCAAGGUCUCCAGCCUGCCCUUCAGCGUGGAGGCGCUCAUGUCGGACAAGAAGCCGCCCAAGGAGACUUCCCCACUGCCAGCCGAAAGCGCCUCCGCCGGGGCCACCCUGCGGCCACUUCUGCUGCCGGGACACAGCGUCCGGGAGGCGCACAGCCCCGGGCCGUUGGUCAAGCCCUUCGAGACAGCCUCGGUCAAGUCGGAAAAUUCAGAAGACGGAGCGGCGUGGAUGCAGGAACCGGGCAGAUAUUCGCCGCCGCCAAGACACAUGAGCCCCACCACCUGCACCCUGAGGAAACACAAGACCAAUCGGAAGCCACGCACACCCUUCACCACCUCCCAGCUCCUCGCUCUGGAGCGCAAGUUCCGCCAGAAACAGUACCUCUCCAUCGCAGAGCGGGCAGAGUUCUCCAGCUCUCUGAACCUCACAGAGACACAGGUCAAAAUCUGGUUCCAGAACCGAAGAGCCAAGGCGAAAAGACUGCAAGAGGCCGAACUGGAAAAGCUGAAAAUGGCUGCAAAACCUAUGCUGCCCUCUGGCUUCAGCCUCCCUUUCCCCAUCAACUCGCCCCUGCAAGCAGCCUCCCUAUACGGCGCGUCCUACCCUUUCCAUAGACCUGUGCUCCCCAUCCCGCCCGUCGGACUCUAUGCGACUCCCGUGGGAUAUGGCAUGUACCACCUGUCCUAAGGAAGACCAGCUCAAUAGACUCCGGGAUGGAUGUUUGUUUAAAAGCCUUCCCCCUCCCUCUCCAAGAAGACAGUCCCGCUCUGCAAACCUUGCAUGCACCACCCUCAGCGGCUAGAUCGACAGGGCCACAGACAUAGUUGAAAUUGGUUCUUUUGACUGGAGACACCCAAACCCCGUUUUCUUGGUGUAAUCUUCCAGAUGCCAACCCCCCUUCUCCUUUCACAAGAUUGGCUCUGAUGGUUUUUAUAUAUAAAUAUGUAUAUAAUAAAAUAUAAUACAUUUUUAUACAGCAGACAUAAAAAUCAAAUUAUUUUGAAAGGUAAAAUUUAUAUACAUAUAUAUAUAAAUAUAUAUAUAUAUGUCUUUUUUCUCUAUAUAUCACCUUCCUAAAAGAGACUGCUUAAUUAAGUCUACCUGUUGUCUUUUUCUUAUGGGGGAGACAAAUUAUUUGCUAAAAUUGCUGAAAUCUGAUCAUUUGGAUCACUGACUUGCAAACAUUAGAAUUAGACACUGUGUGCAUAGGCAGUAGAUAUGGAAAGAUUCCUCCCAGAGAAGGGGACACAUCAUGUUUUUGCAUUUUUUACGUGCAUUUAAAAACUCACUAGAUAUGACCAUAUUUGGCCCUGUUUUUCUCCCCCUUCUCCACCUUGUUUGUUACACAUUGUUCAAAGUUUUUGUAAGAUCAAUAAAAGGGGGAUGAGAAGAAUCCUGAGAGUGCCUCGGGGUAAGGUGGAAAAUGGAAGUCCUUCCUAAUUCCUCUCAAGGCUGUUGCUUAACUGCAUUUCAGAUAAUUGGAGAGUGAAAAGUUAGAGCAUGUCGGGAGGAAUUGAUGGUUUCCGUGAACCACUAGGUACAUCAGUCCUCACACAUUUGAAAAGGUGAUUUGGGUGGAUGUGUGUGUGUAGUUAAUUGUCUGCUUAAAAAUUAUGAAUAUCUUGUAACCAUUAUCUAUACUAAAUAUUCCUGAACAAUGAAUAGAUCUAAAAAGAAAAAAAAUCAUGCUUUCUCUGUGUGUGUACCUGUUGUAUGUGCUAAACUUAUUAGAAAAAUUUAUAUACUUUUUAACAUGUUGGGGGCAGAGGGUAAAGCCAUGUUUUGACUUGAUAAAAAAUGGUGUUGUCAGACAGCCCAUAUAGCUCCUUGGUAUUUCAUUUUUCUAUCCAGCUCCCCCUCCCCCAUCCAAGUAUACUUUUAUCCCUUUGAAAGGGUGCCUUGUAUAAUUUUAUAUAUUUUAUUGAAGAGUUAUUUCUUAUCUCUUAUUCUGAAUUAAAUUAAACGUUUUAUUGCAGUAAA